AUGGUGGGUCCUGCAGCGAGAAGCCCGGGGCUGGGGCAGCGCUGCGCCGCCAGCCCGCCCCGCCCGCGGCGUUGCCGUAACCCUGCGGUGAGUCAGCCCAGCUGCCGGCACCGCGCUCAGCCCGCGCCCUCGGGGCGGCACAGCCGGGACCCCGCUCCUCCCGCUACCUGUGGGCAGGGGAAGGCCCCGGGACCCCGCUCCUCCCGCUACCUGCGCGCAGGGGAAGGCCCCGGGACCCCGCUCCUCCCGCUACCUGUGGGCAGGGGAAGGCCCCGGGACCCCGCUCCUCCCGCUACCUGCGGCCAGGGGAAGGCCCCGGGACCCCGCUCCUCCCGCUACCUGCGGCCAGGGGAGAGCCCCGGGACCCCGCUCCUCCCGCUACCUGCGGCCAGGGGAGGGCCCCAGCCCGGCGGGCGCCGGGGCUGUGCCGGCGGCGGAAGCGCCGCUCCGCCCGCCCCCGGCCGAGCCUCAGGUGGGGCGGGAGCGGCCCCGGCAGCGAACGGCGCAGCGCGGGUGGUGCGAGCGGGGGCUGCUCUCCCGGCCCGCCCCUGCCCGGCCCGGCCCGCGCUGGCCCCGCGCCCGCAGAGCGCUCCCCGCCCGCCUCCCUGGGCGAGCGGCGCCGGGCGGGCGGCGAUGGACGGGCAGCGCCCGGCGGGCCCCGCCGCGCCGCGCUGGAGGAGGCGGGCGACCCCCCGGCCGCAGCCCCUCGCCUGGAGUAAGCCCCGGCCGCAGUCGUACCAGAGCCCCAGCGGGCUGCUCGUCACCGACUUCCCCGUGGAGGACAGGUGCGCCUUCACCGUGACCCAGCCCGCCGGCACCGUCAGCCCCGACAUGGGAUCCGUGUCCAACGGCACCGUGCGGCCGCCGCGCUCGCCCGGGCUGUCCCCGGAGCGCUCCCGGCUGCUCGCCCUGGCUCCGGACAGCCGUGUCGGUUCGACCGCCAACGGCACCGUCCCCGCGCCGGGCAGCGGGCAGGGCCGCCGGGCCCGGCCGCCCAGGACUGCGGGGCUGGCCCCGCACCGGGACCGCAUCGUGUUCGCGGCCAGCGCUCAGCCCGCGCCGUGCGGCCGGGCCGCCGAGCCCCCGGGGGUACCGGGAGGAUCCCCUGGAGUCGGCCGGGCUGCCGAGCCCCCGAAGGGAUCCCCCAGAAUCGGCAGGACCGCCGAGCUCCCGGGGGCAUCCGCUGGAAUCAGCCGGACCGCCGAGUCCCUGGAGGGAUCCCCCGGGAUCGGCCGGACAGCGGAGCCCCCGAAGGGAUCCCCCAGAAUCGGCCGGACCGCCGAGCUCCCGGGGGCAUCCCCUGGAGUCAGCCGGAACGCCGAGCCUCCGGAGGGAUCCCCCGGGAUCGGCAGGGCUGCCGAGCCCGCGGAGGUGCCCGGGGGUCCCCCCGCGGAGCCCCCCGCGCUGCUGAGCACGCACAGCCCUGCGGCGCGGAAGGUGGGCUCGCAGCAGCUGAUCCCGCUCAGCCUGGCGGAGAACCGGCCCGCGGGCCGGGCCCAGGGCCACGACCGGCUGCUGAAGGCUCGGAGCAUGGUGGAGACCGCCCGGCUGCCCCCGGGCAGCGACGCCGAGGACGAGCCCGAGGGCGGCCCGGGCAGCCCGGGGACGCUGCGGCGAGGGCUCCGCUCCACGUCCUACCGCCGGGCCGUGGUGAGCGGGGUGGACCUGGACGGCUCCGCCAACUGCAAAAAGAAGAACAGAAUGUCCCAGCCCAUCCUGAAAGCCGUGGUCGAGGAUAAAGAGAAGUUUUCGAGCCUGGGCAGGAUAAAGAAGAUGCUGAAAGGCCAAGGGACAUUCGAUGGGGAAGAAAAUGCUGUUUUAUAUCAGAACUAUAAGGAAAAGGCUCUGGACAUAGAUUCUGAUGAAGAGUCUGAGCCCCGAGAGCAGAAAUCGGAUGACAAGGUUGUUUUUCACUACAAGCCCCUGAGGUCCACGUGGAGCCAGCUCUCUGUGGUGAAGAAGAAUGGAUUGUCAGAAGCCAUCAGCCAGGAGGAGAGGAAGAGGCAGGAGGCAAUAUUUGAAGUGAUCUCUUCUGAGCAUUCUUACUUGCUGAGCUUGGAGAUUCUGAUCCGGAUGUUUAAAAAUUCCAGGGAACUGAGCCUCACAAUGACCAAAACAGAGAGCCACCACCUCUUCUCCAACAUCACGGAUGUUUACGAAGCAAGCAAAAAGUUCUUUGAAGAGCUGGAAGCGAGGCACCAGAACAACAUCUUCAUCGAUGACAUCAGUGACAUCGUGGAGAAACACGCGGCCUCCUCCUUCGACCCCUACGUGAAGUACUGCACCAACGAGGUGUACCAGCAGCGCACCCUGCAGAGGCUGCUAGCCACAAAUCCAGCGUUUAAGGAGGUGCUGUCCCGGAUCGAGUCCCACGAGGAUUGCAGGAAUUUGCCCAUGAUCUCCUUCCUCAUCCUUCCCAUGCAGAGAGUCACUCGUCUCCCCUUACUGAUGGAUACCAUUUGCCAGAAAACACCCAAGGAUUCAGCAAAAUAUGAGAACUGCAAGCAGGCUCUAAAAGAAGUCAGCAAGCUGGUCCGUCUGUGCAACGAGGGCGCUCGGAAGAUGGAGAGGACGGAGAUGAUGUACACCAUUAACUCCCAGCUGGAAUUCAAAAUCAAGCCCUUUCCACUGGUUUCCUCUUCACGGUGGUUGGUGAAAAGGGGCGAAUUAACAGCGUAUGUAGAAGACACUGGACUUUUUUCCAAAAGAACCUCUAAGCAGCAGGUCUACUUCUUCCUCUUCAAUGAUGUCCUCAUCAUCACCAAGAAGAAGAGUGAGGAGAGUUACACGGUGACGGAGCACUCGCUGCGGGAGCAGCUGGUGGUGCAGCCCUGCGAGGAGGAGCCCGGCUGCUCUCCCGGGAGGAACGCGGUGCUGCACUCGCGGGGCUCUGCCGCCCACCUCUUCAGGCUGCUGGUGCUCAGCAACCACGCAGGGGACAGGGUGGAGAUGCUGCUGGGAGCAGAGACUCAGAGUGACAGGGCGCGGUGGAUCACAGCGCUGGGGCAGGACAGCGACGGGCUGCACACCGACAGGACCACUCUGGCUCAGGUGGAGAUCAUCAGGACAUACACAGCCAAGCAGGCCGAUGAACUGUCCCUCCAAGUGGCUGAUGUCGUUCUGGUUUAUCAAAAAGUGAAUGAUGGCUGGUACGAGGGGGAGCGGCUGCGGGACGGGCAGCGGGGCUGGUUCCCCAUGGAGUGUGCCAAGGAGAUCACCUGCCGUGCCACCCUGGACAAGAACAUGGAGCGCAUGGGGCGCCUGCUGGGGCUGGAAACCAACGUGUAGCGUGUUCCUGUCCCACACCACGCUCUGCACCCGCUGCUGGGGGCUCCCUGUGGGAUGGGGGGCACUGGAGCCCACACCCCCUUCACCAGAGCACUGCUGAUUGGAUACUCGUGUCCGUCCUCGCUUUGCCUUCCGAGAGCUCCGAACUGAAGCCUGGUUAGACCAGGAGCAGAGUGCAGCUCACAGCAGUGUCCUGGGAGCUCAGCUCUGCAUCCUUCUCACUCGCGUUCCAGUUCUGGCUUCAGUUGCUCCAUCCCUGCCUCCUUCUGUUCUUGCUCCCUCCGUUUUCCAGCAUCCUGACUUGCUUUCCCCCGAGCUGCACAGGACACGGGACAGCAGACACGCCCCAUCCAUGGAGCUGGAGGUGAACAGCAAUGCUGGGGUGUCCCAAAGAGCUGCAGUGGGCCAGUCCCAGUACCAGCCAGGGUGUUAAUGGGAUACUUCCCACUUGUGUCAGAACCUGUGUGACCUAAACUAGAACAACCAGCUCUGUACUUCAGGAAGGCCAACCUACCUCUCCAGUGCAAAUCCAGGGACAGCCCGGGCCUUGGCACAAGCAAAGCUGGCAGAAGCUCCAGAAGAAUCCAGAGCUGUGCCUCCAGCUGGAGUGGUCUCU